UCCAACUCCGUUAUGGUGACGUCAUGAGCGUGCUGCUGCCCAAUAUGGCGGACUUCGAUACUAUCUACGAGUUGGAUGAAGAAGAGGACGAUGAUAGUGAGGAGCCUGACUCGGGUCGCGGCCGGGUAGUGGACGAUGAGUACUUACUGAGAUACGCUCCGGACCCGGUGGUGGUUCGGGGAGCCGGCCAUAUUACCGUAUUUGGCUUGAGCAACAAAUUUGAUGCUGAAUUCCCCUCCGUUUUAACAGGAAAGGUUGCACCAGAAGAGUUUAAAAUCAGCAUUGGACGUGUGAAUGGUUGUUUGAAGAAGAAUCUCCCGCACAAUGUGAAGUGGCUGCUUUGUGGUUGUAUCUGUUGCUGUUGUACUCUAGGCUGUAGUUUGUGGCCAGUCAUAUGCUUAAACAAAAGGACAAGAAGAUCCAUCCAUAAAUUGUUGGAAUGGGAAAAUAACAGAUUAUAUCAUAAGCUUGGCUUGCACUGGAAGUUGAGCAGAAGGAAAUGUGAAUCUAACAAUAUGAUGGAAUAUGUCAUUCUUAUAGAAUUCUUACCAAAAUAUCCAAUUUUUCGACCAGAUUGAAGAGGACC